UCUUGUUCGUCACGUACCUUGCUUGCUAGACUUCAGGCUCGGUUUUGCUGCAGACAGUUGGGGUUCGCCUAACGGCGGAUUGUUUAAAAAAAAAAAAGCCCCCCCAAAAAAGCAAACACCUGCCACGAAUUAUCGUCGUCGCAAAUGGCGAGGUACCUCCGACCACCAAACUCCUCUCUCUUUGUUCGGAAUAUCUCCGAGGAGUCCAGGCCAGAAGAUUUGCGGCACGAGUUUGGUCGUUACGGGCCUAUUGUAGACGUCUACAUUCCACUUGACUUCUAUACGCGGCGACCAAGAGGAUUUGCUUACAUUCAAUUCGAAGAUGUUCGGGAUGCUGAAGACGCCCUCCACAACCUGGACCACAAGUGGAUGUGUGGGCGCCAGAUCGAGAUCCAGUUCGCCCAGGGAGACCGCAAGACUCCUAACCAGAUGAAGUCCAAAGAGCGCCAUUCCCCUCGCAGUUUCUCGCGCUACGACGAUGAUGACGACCGCGACGGGCGCCGCAGACGAUCACGUAGCCGCAGCUAUGAACGGCGCCGUUCGCGCAGCCCCUCAUACGAACGGCGACCGCGGCGGUCGGUCAGCCCCAGAGACUCACGCCCCUCCGGCCGACACAGACGCAGCAAGAGCCGGGAAAAUGACAAGCACAAAAGCGGCCAGCACGAGCGCCACAGGGCCCCGCGUGAGGCCGGAUCCCGGAACCGCUCGGCAUCCCGCUCGCCCUCGCCCUGCCGUUCCAGGCCCAGGGGCAGAAAGAGCCGGUCCCGCUCACACAGCCCCGCCGCCCAGGAAGAAGACUUGCGCCUGGCCCCAGGUUCCCACAAGCGCUCUUUUGGGCGCUCUCCAUCACGCUCGGCGUCCCGCUCCGCAUCCCGCUCGCGUUCACGCUCCCGAUCCUGGGCAGAGUACAAAUCUGGAGGGCGCUAAACAACAGUUAAGUUUGACAUUUAGUCACUUAAAAAACAAAUUUUGUUUUUCUGCAAUUUCUUGUUCAUUGAUGUUUUUCCAUGUAGACUAUGAAAAUGUCUUUGAAGACAUUGGCCAUAAUUUCCUUCCGUUGGAUUGGUAUGUCGGACUUUUCACUUCUCUGUCAACUCCCACAUCCAACAAGGGACUGUUUUGCUUUUUCUUUGGUUUUGGGUGAUGACUGUAGCAGGUUGCGCAAUAACAACAUGAACAUAAGUACCUUUUUGUACUUGCUACUGAAUUUCAGCAAUACCUCUAUUUCACCACAAGGAGACAGUGGACCUUUUCCAUUCCAUGUCAAGCGUUCAGGGUGAGUACUGAAAUGUACUGUGAAUAUUGUUUAAAAUAUGCUAGUACAGUAAAGAUGAAAACGUUUUGAGCCGCCUGCCGUUAUAUCCAUUGGUAACAUUUUUAGUUAAAGAUUCUCAUCUGAGGUUGUACUGUAAUUUGCGCAUCAGUAUGUUGCUAUUUGUACUGUGGGCCACUAUUCUCAAAUUCUGUCGUUCAAUAAAGUAAUUUACCGCUGACAAAAUUGAACUGGUUGGACAAUAAACAUUGAAUGAAUAAUCAAGAAUCAAACAGUUUAGGGGGGGGGAAGGGAUUAUUUAUUAAUUUCAUGUCAAAUUUAACUUUAAUCAAUGCAUUUUUCCAUAUUUUUUUAAACUAAUUGUUACCAAUAAACAGGGCAUUUCUUCUUUCCAAAGAAAAUGAGUGGGGACAAAUUCAAAUCCAAUUUAUGACAAUACAAGUUCUAAUUUAGCAUGAGGAGACUGCAAUGCAUGACUUAACUGGAUCAACAGUAUAUUAACAUAAAAAUAAUCAGCUGGCGGAAGAUCAGCUGAGCGGUAAGGGUGCUUCUAAAAUUGUUUUUAGGACAAAAAAUUGGUUUUCUAAGGGGCUCAAAUUUAGGAAGAGUUACAAAUUCAUCCAGAUAAAUGUCACGCAAAUACAAAUCUCCCCGGUUCCAAUCGGCGACACAUUUCUUUCACUCUACACUGCAUCGUACAAAAUCAUAAAAAACAUGUGCAAGAUCUCCCAAAAGACUUCAGUGCAGGGCUCACUCAUUCUGGCAAAUGCUUGGUUUUCUUUCU